GGACCAGUUUUCAGUUGCUGUGCUUACACGGACAAAAAUACAGCUGUUCACAGUCGAAUCAUUUGGUCUUGUGAUUGGACACCAGAUAGCAAGUAUUUUAUUACUGGCAGUCGGGACAAAAAGGUCAUUCUCUGGGGCCAGUGCGAUUUAUCUGUGACUACUGAAGGGAACAUGUUGGAUUCAGUCAGGCCUUGUUCAACAGUACUGGAUGCCGGGGAUUCUGUUACUGCUGUUAGUAUCAGCCGUGUGCUUACUCCUGAUGGAAGAUAUAUUGUUGCAGUAGGAUUAGAGAAUGGGAAGAUUAUCUUGUACACAUGGAAGCAGAGUGGGCAAGAACCAGCACUAGCUGACUGGACCAUGUGUGUUGAGAUGGAUAACAGCCAAAGUCAUGCUCUUGCUGUGAAACGUUUAUGUUGGAGACAUCAUGUGGGCAGAGCUGGACAUAAUGAUCAGAACAGCAGCAAGUGGUUGCAGCUUGCAAGUUGUGGAGCUGAUCACUGUGUUAAGAUAUUCAAUGUCAACAGAUUUGCUCUUUAGCAAAGACAGCAGGCCUAUCUGUGCAAAACAGAUUCAGAACAUUGUAUUUCAGCUUUAACCAUUUUGAUUGUUGAAUUCUCUGUUUUCUACUGUGGAAAGUGAAACAUCUGAUAUGUAACUUAUUAAAGCAACUUUUGUGGUAGAUUGAAACGUCAAA